CGCUGUGAUUCCUGCGAAUACCCAAGCCCAACCAAACCCUAGCCCGGCAGCCAUUCUCUUCGUUCCCUCUUUGCUCUGCGCGCCACACCGCACGACCUCCCCGAAGCAGACGUGCCCGCUGCCCGUCCGUCCCCCGUGGCCAUGGCCGCGACGUGGUCUUCGUCUUGCUGCGCCGCGACCGCGUCGAGCAGCGCUCUGCUUCGUCAUGCCCGCGUCAAGAGCGCGCCUUGGGUAGCCGGUGCCAGCCGGAGUAGCUACAGGCAGCGGCGGCGGCGGCGGGAGCUGUCCAUCCGCGCCACGGCCGCGGCGCCGCCGCCGCCCGUGGUCUACGCGGACGCCGGCGCCGACAACGUGGCCUCGCUGAAGAUCAAGCUCCUGAGCGCGGUGUCCGGGCUGAACCGUGGCCUGGCAGCGAGCCAGGAGGACCUGGACCGCGCGGACGCGGCGGCGCGGGAGCUGGAGGCGGCGGCGGGGUGCCCCGUCGACCUCAGCAGGGACCUCGAUAAGCUGCAGGGCCGGUGGCGGCUGCUGUACAGCAGCGCGUUCUCUUCGCGGACGCUCGGCGGCAGCCGCCCUGGCCCGCCCACCGGCCGCCUCCUCCCCAUCACGCUCGGCCAGGUGUUCCAGCGGAUCGACGUGGUGAGCCGCGACUUCGACAACAUCGUGGAGCUGGAGCUCGGCGCGCCGUGGCCUCUGCCGCCGCUCGAGGCCACGGCGACGCUGGCGCACAAGUUCGAGAUCAUCGGGACCUCGGGCAUCAAGAUCACGUUCGAGAAGACGACGGUGAAGACCAAGGGCAACCUGUCGCAGCUUCCUCCGCUGGAGGUGCCCCGCAUCCCGGACAACCUCCGGCCGCCGUCCAACACCGGGAGCGGCGAGUUCGAGGUGACCUACCUCGACGACGACACGCGCGUCACCCGCGGGGACAGGGGGGAGCUCAGGGUGUUUGUCAUCGCGUGACCUGAUCGCGCUUGCGGCGCCGUUCUGCUGGUCCGUGAGAUUGCCAUCCUUCUUCCUCCCUGUUGCUCCAGUAGAUUUGUUGGUUUCUUCGUCUGACCAAUGUAUACCGUUCUGUUCUUCCGUGAACUGAAUCUGCGAUUAACUUAGUAACUAUCUUGUGUGGUUUACAUGCUUGCUCCGUCCUUAUUUACUUUGUUAAUUUAUAAUUUGAACUGAUUGCCUUGC